CUCUGCUCAGUCUUUCUUACAAUUAAGUAUUAACAAGUGUUGUGUUUGUGUUGAAAUAUGUCGGCCUCACCGAUCGCAAGACAGGCUACCAAUAGCCAGGCCAUCCCUACGAGGAGGGUCCACAUAACGGAUCCAUCACAAAUGCCUGAUGUCUACUCCAGUACUCCUGGCGGUACCAUAUAUUCAACCACACCUGGAGGUACUAGAAUAGUAUACGAAAGGUCUUUCCUGAUGUCAUUGAGUCAGUCACCGAACUCGAGAACGCCACCGAAAUGUCCAUUGCCGGCAGCCAUGUUGAAGGAUCCUGCGGGCCCGGUACCUCAUCUGAACACUACUAACAAGCCGCGAUCCAAUUCCAUAUCGUUUGACGAGUCACAAGAAACGUUCUCCAUGGAUCUCUAAUAGUGUUAAGUUAUUGUUAUCAUCAGUGCCUUCCUCUGUUAUAAAUAUUAUAUGGUCUGGGUUGAGUGGAGUCGAGAAAAAAGCUGAUAAUGUGAAAUAAUUUUUUUUUUGAAUUUUAUGACCUGGUAACUAAGAUUUUUAAGUGAAGAAUGGGUUAAAUUUCACAUUAAUAUUUCAUUAACUUGAAUCGAUAAACUCUUACAAUAAUGUGUAAUGUAUUGUUAAAGUAACUUAAAAAUAAAAACAGAUCAUGUAAGUUUUUUUAACACAAUAAUUUAAAUAACAAUUACAAUUUUUUAAUUAUUUACUGAACUUCAAUAUAGAUGAUAUAGAGAAGUGUUUAACAUUUAAUGAAAAUGUGAUCUAUAUGAGUCAUUACUGAUUAAUUUUCUUACUAUUAAAAUACUGCAAUAAACAUAGACUUGUAAGUUAGAUUACACUAGCGUAUAAUCGACGAGACAGCCUGAUAUUAAGGAGCUAAUUCCAAUCGUAGCAAACUAUUUACGACUUCAAUCAAAAUCGGUUACAGUUUUAGAUUCCCUGUUGCUUUUUUAUUUUGUUCUAUCUUCGUUAGAGAUGUUCUUUUCUCUCGCACGAUUUCUUAGUCUAUGCGCUGCUAAAUUGUUAGCCUAUAGUCAUCUUUUAAUUAUUAUUAAAUGAUUUUUUAUAGAUGAAAUAGUUACUAGCACUUUUUAAUAAUUAGUUUACUAACGUGGAAGUAUUCUACUUUUACAGGAAUUGCACUGACAUAAAAUUAAUUCGAUAUUCUCUUAAAUUCCUAAUAUUAAGUGGUGUAUUAAGUUCAUUGCUAAGUCAAAUAGAGCACAAAAUAUUAUCUCUCUCAGAUUAUUAUUGUCUCUAGUCAAUCGUAAUUAAAAACUUUCAAAUAUGAUCAUUCUAUUAUGCGGGAGACUUGUUUGCACUUGUCGGCCGCUAGAUGGUGCCUUACUCUGUCGUCAAGCAGUAGUUUGAAAGCACUAUAAGGUUGGGUUGCAUCAUAUUAGCUGUUAUAGUUUAAUUUUAAGCCAAAUUUAACGUUUACAGUAACGUUGGCUUUAACACACACUGCGUAAUGUGUUGCACCAUCCGAUUUCUUGGCAUAGUUACAGUUAAAUAUGAAGUCAAUAUCGAAUAUUCUUUCUUAUCAAUAAAGUCUAUUUCACAUCAUAUUAAGAAUAACAGUUAAAACUAUGACGUCAUAUUCAAAUUCAAAUUGAAAUAAAAAUAGCCACCCAUUCCAAAACGAAUUCCUCAGACCCGAGAAGAACGGGACCAACAAACUCAGCGGGAUUUCUUUUUCAUCAAAAAAAAAUGUUAACAAAGUCAUAUUGUACAAUUAAACUUAUUAUUUAAUAGCCUGAGGGCGGUCUCCCUAUUCCCAAUGUGUGGUAUCAUUAAGAAAGUCAUUUAUGUUAUAGUAACCUUUACCACAAAAACGUUUUUAACAAUUCUUUUGAAUAACGUAAUACUUUUGUUUUAAACAUUUUCUGAUUUCACAAAAGACUUACUAACUCAACUUAGCCGAGUAGUAGGCAUUAUAAGUUUAUGUCAGUUCCUGGUGUUAACAUUAUAGUUAUGGCAGUUUCUAGCAAAUUCACUUAUAUGCCUAUGCACAUAUCAAGAAUAUAUUGAGAAGCAACAGUCAAGAUGUUAACUUCUUUAAAUUUUGCUCUCGUUAUAAAUAGCGCUAUUAGCCGGUACUUUAACAUGUUUCUUAUUCCUUAGUUAGGUGCAACCCAGCCUUAGUGUUUCAGCGGUAGCUCGUGAAAUUAUUGGGCUAAUGAGAGUUACCAUCUCAUAUUUCAAAGUGACGAGCACAGUUACGAUGCCGCUUAGAACUUUUGGUUUAUCAGGAUGAAUAAGUAAAGGUCUUGUUCCCUUACCUAGUUUGACUAACGGCCAUUUUCAAUAACCUAUCUAUCCUUAGUUUAACUUACUAGAGGUAGACCAAUGUAUCCUUUUACGCUUACUUACAUUUCAAUAACCUAUCGACAGAUAAUAUUGGACUUUAACUAAUAACAAACUAUAUUGGAUUUAACUGUGCAAAGAUAAGAUCUUGUUAUUAAACGGUGACAGCAUUUUAUCCGUAACUAGAGAUACAAUAUUGAAAACGGCCGUAAGAUUAUCAUGAAUAAUAUUUUAGCAGAUUGACAAUACAGUUGUAUAGAUUUUAUGUUAGUAUUAGAAUGGCAUAGCUAUUCUUUGACUGAUACAUUGCGUUUGGCUUAGUAUAAUGUAUUUUAAGGCAAUUUUAUAGUUUCGUGUGAAUGAUCUUCAGCGCGUUUUAAACGCCUUUUUGCGCUAAAAUUGUAAAUAUUUGAAUUUUUCGAAUUUUUAAUGGAAUGCUUGAGUAUAUUAUAGAGGUUACAUUAAUGGGUACCAUCGCGUUUAACGCACAAUUGGACUGAAGGAUUUGUUUUAAUAUUUGUAGUUUGAUCAAGUUAUGCGUUGAGUUUGUGAGUUUUGUUUCAUGUGCAGCAAUCUCAUGAGAGUUAUAUAUAAGUACUUAUAUUUCAAUACUGCAUGGGUUCCUGUUACCUAACCGUACAGCCGUAUAGAUUUAAAUUUUGAUCCAUUUAAUGGAGGUUUGUUGAACUUUUUUCAUUACGUCAUUUUUAACUUUUUGUUUGGUUGAGAAAAUCAGUUUACGUAUAGCGUUAUUAAAUUGGGUCCUAAUUUACUGAUAUAUUUAACAAAUAUUUGAACAAUUUGCUUCAAACAAAUUCCUUUAUUAAUCUUAUUCCUUUAAUGCCCUUUGCCAAACUUCUAGUUUGCUUCGAAGUUGCGAAUGUAUUUGAGGAAGGUGCGGUACAGGUGUGCCGCGCGUUGCAACUUCAGACCAAUCUAGGAGUUUGACGAGGGCUAUAAUAAUUACAAUUACACUGAGUAGAUACUUAUUUAAGUAUUUUGUAUAAAAUCGUCUUGCUGUGAGUGUCAAUGAUAACUAUAUUUUGGUGCAAUUAAAUAAAAUCUUAAAACCA